UUACUAAAAGUUUUAAAACUUUAUUGAACAAUUAGUAAUUGUGCUUACUUUUUCAUUACUUAUUACGUAUUACAGUAAUCUUUCAAUUCAAAAAACAUAUCCGAGACCAAUGAGGUUCUUGAAUUGAGAGAACACAGGGAAUUGCUGUAUUCUGAUUGGUUGACGAUUCACAGCUAAACAGUUCUGUUCUCAUAGUCAAUGAUAAAGACAGGUAAUAGCGAGUGAGCAAAACAGCACGACAUCAGCUCAGCCUCAUACGAAACGAGUCCCACCGACAGACUAUUUAAUUACUAUAUCUACUGCUCUUUUUGUUAGAUUAUUUGUUCAUAAUAUUAAUACUUAUCUGUAGUGGUACUUUUUUCGUAAAUAGCGUCAUAACGUUAUAAGUUUUUCAUACCAGAUGUCAUAUAGAUCUCCGAUUCAGUAGAAAUAGAUACUCUCUGCGUACUAAAGGGUCUCUAAGAAACAGACCUCACUUGACCGCCUGGCUAGUUCGUGAACCAUGGUUCAUCAGUUGACGUUGCCGCACCUAACCGUAGCGCGUGGCGUGUGCUCUCUCGCAUGUUUUUCGUCAUCAAAUAGAAGAGAUACAAAAUGUAUAAGGUUAUGUUCACUACAAAUGUCAUCAGUGUUCCCAAAUUGUUAAAAAUAAACCAUGGAAUUACUACGCAUUUAAAUAAUUUUCUUCAGACACAAGUUCAUGUGUUAUUUACAAAAAAAGAUGAAACAGAAAGUCCAAGAAUGCAGGAAUUUAGAAAAAAGCUACGAGAACGUACACCUAUCAAGAAACUAGAAGAACUAGAAGAAGGUACGCAUCCUUAUCAAGAAAAAGAACCGUUAAAACCAUUUCCAAAUAAUACCAAUCCUGAAACAGGAGAAGUAGGUGGGCCACGAGGACCUGAACCAACACGUUAUGGUGAUUGGGAAAGAAAAGGACGAGUAUCAGAUUUUUAAAAAUCUAUGAUCACAUGUGUAACAAAUGUGUGAUGAAAUAAUGUAAUAUAUAACGUAUAUGUAUAUAUAGAAAUAUCUAAAUAGUACAUUGUUCAAUAUUUUCAUAA